UUAUUUUUUCUUAGACUUAUAUCUGACCUCGACUGUGGAAUAAGUCAUGAGGCGGCGAGGAAGCCAAGCCAGUCGUGCAACAGCCGCCGUACAGACACCACCACCAUGCGCGCCUCUCUCGUCCUCCUCGCUGGCGUCGUCCUCCUCGCUCUCCUGUGCGGGACCGAGGCUCACCACUGCCCGGAUUGCAGCACCGUCUCCUGCCCGAGCACAGCCGACUGCGCCCACGGCACCCAGCGCGAACAUUGCGGCUGCUGCGACGUCUGCUUGAGGGUUGCCGGCGAGAAAUGUGACGGUCCCUCCCAUCUGGACGGCAUUUGCAAGAAUCCAUCAAAAUGCAGUGGAAACAUUUGUACUUAGAACUACUCACAUUGCUGAUCCUUGUGUACAGUUAAAAGAAUGUAAGUAGAUGACAUAACAAAACCAUUGUAUUAAUGAUACGUUUAAGUUUACGUUUACAUUCAUGAUCCUACAUAUAUAUACCUUCUAUAUGUUUAUUAGAAUGUGUUCAACUGAGUAUUUGUAAUGAAAUGCACAAAAAUAUAUCCCGGUUUGUUCCGUUUACUACAUCAAUGUUAUAUCCUAUUUAUCAACAUCUCAAUGAAGAAUUAAAUACCUUGUUAUUCGUGAAAAACAAGAUGGGAAAGAAUACAUACUGUAGACUGAAAUAUACACUGAAAUACAAGAAUGACAUUAAUGGCAA